UUUCUGACCAUGGCGGGCCCAACAACGAACGUUAACCCAAAUGCCAUUUUCCAAAUACAGUUUGCUCAUGUAGCUAAAACCGCUGUGCUUUUACCUUUGACCGGAUUUAUUUUCUGUGUGACAUGGUCCAUUUUGUAUGAUUUCGAGUCAUCAACUGCCACUCACUGCAAGGUAGCCAAUUACCUGCCAUCUAUCUCGUCCGCUAUAGGAGGGUACACGCCCCAGAAGUAUGUUUGGAGGAUAUGUGUGGCACUUCAUUGUUCCCCACGUCUAAUGUUUGCUGUUGCCUAUUACAAUUUCCAUACUAAAAUUAAUGUUGGAAGGAAGAACAAAAUCUACACAAAUCUGGCAGCCAUUGCCAGCUUUCUCCAUAUAUCAGAAGUGCUAGCACUAGUAGGGUUAACUUACAUAUCAUCUACAGAAAAUGCAGAUAUGCACGAAUACCUAUUUAUCGGUUUUAUGGUGUGUUCACUGUUUCACAUGCUGUUGACGUGUGUACUGUUCCACUGGGGUCGCACAGCUAACAACAAGGAGAUGACUAACAGGGAAAGACAGUCAUUCCACUACAAAGUUGGACUUUUCAUCUUCAACCUAACAUCCUUCCUGUUAGCUGUGUAUCUGUACUUUAGACACCAAGCCUACUGUGAACCAGGCAUGUACACUUGGUUUGCCCUAGGGGAGUAUCUGACUGUGGUAUCUAACAUUGCAUACAAUGGAACAGUUAUUUGGGACUUUAGCCAACUUGAGGUUUCCGUUAGCAACAUUAAUGGGACCUCACAUAUACACAAAUCUACAUAGUACUUACAGUGGUCUACAGAGGAAAUUCAGGAAUUCAGUUUGAAUCACCAGUAUUAAUCCUCAAAACGAAGACGAUGGCCCAGACUUUUAUGUCAAAUGGUGCCUGUUUAUCAUGCCUAUUGGACAAAAUUAAUUUAUUCACAAUUUCAUUUUGACCAAGGUAAUGAUGUUUUAUGCUAUUUAACAUGUAUGAAUAUGACCUUUCUUUGAUUAUUUGGGUGCUAUUUACUGCAUGUUUGUUAUCCAGUAGGUGUUGUAUGAUUAUAUGUAUACUUUAAUCUGGUCACAAUUUAUCAUGCAAUAGUCAGUCUUUCCAUUGUUGUCAACAGUCAUUAUCUUGUUUAUGGUUGCUUACAAUCAGUUACAUAAACCUUUCAUUCUUGAAUAUGGUUAUUAUAUACACAUUUAUGUACAAUUUUUUAUAUGGUCUCUACAGUUGUUAUUAAUACUGAAACAUUUUUCUACGUAAUUCUGUUUACUUGAUACAUAUACAGGUACUUACAUGUAGAUCUAUAAACUCAUAGUUCUUUUAUUUGUUUAUUUCAUUAUAAUUAAACAUCCACACAAACACAAAGAUGGGCAUUAUUAGCAUGCAUAAUAAAAGAUCUGAUUUUUAUGAAGAAAUUCCAUUAGAUAAUAUGCGUUCCUUAUGGUUGAACAUGAUAUUAUUUUAAAGAGAUGUUGUAGACUGAUGAUUGUGUAGCGGAACUGGACCGGGUCGAUCAUCGGCAACCAGGUAGCUCAAUCUGUAGAGCAUCCGGCUAGUGUUCGGAGGUCCCUGGUUCAAACCCCGGUCUGGCCGUGCAUUUUCCCACUCCUAUUACAAUUGUAAAUUGCUUUGCCUAAAAGUACAGUUGGUUAAUUUGAUCCAUUGAAAUUAUGUGGACGUAUUGCCAAACAAGUUUGAUUUUAUUCUAUUACCAGUGUAAAUUUGUGAUAGAUUCUUUUACUUCAAACUUGUAAGUUGCACUUAUCAGAGUGUCUUACUCACAUGAUUUUUAAAUAUGGAAUUAAAGUUAAAACAAUCUUGUUUCCUAUUCUGGAUUUAAACAGUAAUAUAAAUGAUGGUGUUUUUGAAGUAGUUUUUUACUUAGUUCAAUUCCUAGGGGGGUUUAAAAGCCAUUAUAAUAUUAAUUCUGUAGUAUCUGUGUGAUGUUUUGAUAAGAAUUUUAUUCAUUGCACCAUAUAUAUUUCUGUGUAUUGCUUUUGCAAUUUAGUCAAAUGUUUAUAUGACCAUAGAAAAAAGUCUUUAUACAAUCAGAAUCGUUUUUCAAGGUUGAUUUUAGGUCAAAUGAAUGCUAACUUUUUCUUUUGAACACAAUAACUUGAUUACAUAUGAACCUUCUACCAUGAAAUUUGGUAUGCAGCCAUAUAUCAACAAUUGCUUUUCAGGUUUGAAGGUCAUAUUUCGAGGUCACUGUAACUAUAAAUAGAAAACUUCUUUCCAUGUGAUAACUUGAGUUUUCCUAAGCCAGUCAGGCUCAAACUUCAUACAGUGCUUUCUUACAAAAAGUGCUUGCUUUGAUUGCUUUUCAUGUUCAAAGGUCAAAGGUUAUUGUUACUAUACAUAGAAAAUAGGUUUGCUUGCAUAACUUGAGAUCCCUUGGGCCAAUCAAACAAAAACUUGAUGCAUUGCUUUCUUAGAGGAAGUGCUUGCUUGGGAUUGCUUUCAAGUUCAGUGUUGAAAGGUCAAGGUCACUGUUACUAUUAAUAGAAAAUUGGUUUCCAUGAGAUAAAUCGAGUUCCCUUGGGCCAAUCAAACUCAAAUUUUGUAUAGUCCUUCCUUAUCAAAAGUCCUUGCUUGGGAUUGCUUUUCAGGUUCGAAGGUCUAGGUCAUUGUAAAUAAAUAUAAAAUCUGUCCAGUUCUCUUUGGGUCAAUCAACCUAAAACUUCAUAUAGUGCUUACUGGUUUCUGCAUGAAACUUUGUUUUGAUUUGUACAUUAAGUAGCUUACUUUUAGUUGAGAUGGGAUCACACUAGAUUUAGUGGAAAAAAGAUGGGAAUCCAUCGUGCAAAUCAUACAAAUUACACUUGGAAUAGAUACAAUGAAUGGCCAAGCUGUUUUUUAGCUCACCUGGACCAAAGAUCCGGUGAGCUUAUGCCAUGGUGCGGCAUCCGUCGUCCGUCUGUUGUCCGUCCGUCCGUCCGUCCGUCCGUCCG